AUGUGGCGGCGCACCUACUUGCUCCUCGUCCUCAUUCGGCUGUGGUUCGCCUUAUCGCCCAGCUAUUUGCAUCCGGAUGAGAACUUCCAAGGCCCGGAAGUCAUCGCCGGCCAGAUAUUCAGUUACCCGGUUCGGCGCACUUGGGAGUUUACACGCGAGAAUCCAAUCCGAAGUGCCUUUCCUCUCUGGCCCGUAUACGGGCUGCCGAUGCUGUUGCUCCGCUGGCUGUGGAUCGGGAAUGGCCAAGAUGGCGAAAUCCCCCCCAUCGCCGUUUUCUGGACCUUGAGGGUCCUCAUGUUUCUCAUCAGCUUCGUCCUCGAGGACUGGGCCUUGCACGAGCUCAUACCGUCCCCCCGCCACCGACGCAUCGCCGUGCUGCUCGUCGCAUCCUCCUACGUCACGUGGACAUAUCAAACACAUACCUUCUCCAACUCGGUGGAAACGUUGGUCGUGGCCUGGAGUUUGGUCCUGAUACAACGCAUCGUCGAGGAUCGGCAGGAAUCCUCCUACCUGGCCUCCACGAUCCUCGGCAUUGUCGCCGUCUUCGGACUCUUCAACCGCAUCACCUUCCCCGCUUUCCUGUUGAUUCCCGGCCUUCGUUUGAUACCCCAUUUCUUGAACAGGCCUCUGUCUCUUGUAGCCCUGGUUUCGGCUGCUCUUGUAACCACCGUCAUCGCCAUCACACUCGAUACCGCCUUCUACUCCUCCGAACCUCUCACCUGGGCGCGCCUGAUAUCGAACCCAGUCAUAACGCCCAUCAACAAUUUCUACUACAACUCGGCGGCCGAAAACCUGGCCCAGCACGGCAUCCAUCCUCGGUAUCAGCACCUCGUGGCAAAUCUGCCUCAGCUCUUGGGUCCCGCCACCCUGCUGCUCCUGACGCAGCCUCACCUUUCCAUCAGACUCUAUUCCGCCAUCUCCGGCUUGGUGGUUCUGUCCAUGUACCAGCACCAAGAAGCAAGGUUCCUCCUGCCAACGGUGCCUCUGAUCUUGUCGUCGGUUCAGCUGCCGAAAAACAGAACGCUUCUCCGCAUCUGGGCAGUGUCGUGGAUCGUAUUCAACCUCGUCUUCGGCGUCCUCAUGGGCAUUUAUCAUCAAGGGGGCAUCAUCCCAGGCCAGGUCUUCAUGAGUCACCAACCCGACGCUACCAACGCAAUCUGGUGGAAGACGUAUUCGCCCCCCAUUUGGCUUCUCAACGGCAAGAGCGAAGCUCUGCAAACAAACGACGUCAUGGGACUCGAGGGCGAGGCACUGAUCGAUCAGUUGAUGAACCUCGCGACCUGCGACACACCCGCCGACAGGCGCAACAAAGAAUACCUCAAGGAGAAGAAUGGGACGUAUUUGAUCGCCCCGAGAUCGGCCACAUGGCUAGACAACUAUGUGCCCAACAAGGGGGUUCAUGGGCUAAGAUUUCGGGAGGUGUGGAGUCAUCGGAGGCAUCUGAACCUCGAUGACUUGGACUUUGGCGAUGAUGGAGUUUGGAAUACUCUGUCGAGAGUCAUCGGUCGAAGAGGACUCGCUGCCUGGAGGGUCACCAAAAGUUGCUAA